AUGUUAUCAAGUAUACGUCGUUUUUUUAAAUUUAUUCAUUGGCUUUAUUUACAAUAUUUACUUAAUACAGCAUUGUAUAUGCUUGAACCAUGGGAACGUGCACUUUUUUCAGCAUUACUUGUUGCUAUUAUAUCCACAGCUAUUUAUUCAGCGUGGUGUAAAAUCAAGCAAGAACAAAAAUGUCGUUGGUAUCAAUCAUUUUUUCAAACGAUUGAACAUUUUUAUAUGCAAUUUUUAUUAGUAACAACACUUUAUGUUAUGGAACCAUGGGAACGACUUUUAAUGAUAACGAUUUUUCUUCUUAUUAUAUCACUUUUUACUUAUUCAGCAAUUGUUUACAUUCCAUUUCAUGUUCAUAAUAUUCUACAAUCAACAAUGCCAAGUAUAAAAGACAUCAUCUUACAUUGA